AGGAAUUUGUACUGCCUACCUCUAGAGACUGCUCAGUUAUGGAUACAAUAUCUAAGGGGUGGACAAAGAAAUAUUCAUUUGCGGUAGUAUAAAAGAACCUACAUUUUACAAACUUUUAGAAACACCCCUCCUUGAAAAUGGAGCCGACCGGCCACCAAUGACCAAAAAUCGCAGUAUCACGCGAGAGUUGGUUCGGGAAACGAGACGAGGUAGCGUGUCGUGUACUUCCGGUUCCACCUGGGAGGUGAUUUUCCUUUCUUGUCGACCGUGAGCUGCUCAAACUGCUCCAAGAUGAUGGAUUUCGGCUUCUUGGACGAUGUGCGCCGGAUGAACAAACGGCAGCUGUACUACCAGGUACUGAACUUUGCGAUGAUCGUGUCAUCUGCGCUCAUGAUCUGGAAAGGUCUGAUGGUGGUGACGGGAAGUGAGAGUCCGAUCGUGGUCGUUCUCAGUGGCAGUAUGGAACCAGCCUUCCACAGAGGGGACCUGCUGUUCCUCACUAACUACCAGGAAGAUCCCAUUCGUGUGGGGGAGAUCGUAGUCUUCAAAGUGGAGGGACGGGACAUUCCAAUUGUACACAGGGUCAUCAAGCUGCAUGAAAAGGAAGACGGCACUGUGAAGUUCCUGACAAAAGGUGAUAACAACUCUGUGGAUGACCGAGGCCUGUAUGCACCAGGACAGCUCUGGCUCCACAGGAAAGAUGUAGUGGGUAGAGCUAGGGGGUUUGUGCCUUAUGUUGGGAUAGUCACCAUCUUAAUGAAUGACUAUCCAAAAUUCAAGUAUGCCAUCUUAGCCUGUUUAGGUGCGUUCGUGCUCAUACACCGAGAAUAACACCAGGAGAAAAGUUGGCUGUAAGCAUUCCCUAACAAGUGUUAACAAGUGCAGUAGGAGAUUUCAAACUUUGUACAGCCAUAAGACAUCAUAAAAAUAACAUGGUUCUGACAUGAACUCAUGAAAAGUGGUCAUUAUUUUCAUAAAUGGCAUGGAAAGUUAACUUUUAUUGCAAAUGUUCUCCAUAGCCAAGUUGUAAACUUGUUCACAAUCUCAUAUUAGUGUUUGGACUCUAAACAGGUUUGAAAUCAAGCUUUAACUGAUGUUGAAAAAAGGUUGUAAAGGAACAACAUUGAAAGUGAUUUCACGGUGCAGUAGUCAGGAAAAUUGUCAUGUCAUGGCUCAGUCAGAUGAAGAAAAUAGACGUAGUUCCUUGUUUGAGUGUACUUGUACAGGCAAUAAGUAAGAAGGUGGUAGUACCAUUAAGGUUUUCACAACAAUGAAGCACCCAUUUUGAAGUUUUUUCUUUGCAGUACAAUAUAUUGAAGACAUUUAUAACUUCACAAAAUGAUGAUCAUUUAAUAAAACCUUGCUUUACUCAAUGUUGUGCUCAAAGUCGAGAUUUCCAGUGCAUGUAGUUUCUAUGGAUACCGUAGGCAAAGAUGACCAGAAUUAUUCUGUAUGGACCAAUCAAAAUGACCAAUUGCAGGCAAUAUUACAAACUGAUUGGUCAUUCACAUGUAUGUCCCAGAGACAAAUUAGUAACAGAAACAGGAUUGGUCCAUUUGAAGUGUUGAUAUUAUGCUGUUGUCAUGUGCACUGUUACUCCAAGUCCAAGUGUGAAAGGAAAAUUGCCAAAAAAAAUGAGACAGGUGUAUUAAUAGACUUAUCAUCAGAAGUACUCAGUAUUUUUCUUGUCUCAACUUGAAAGAGAUGUUGUUGAUGACUGUUUUAAUCACAGGUGUAUUAUUUUGCUCUUGUCUUUUUGUAUCAAUGCUGAAAGGCUUGAUUUUUGCCAUGUUUCAGUUCUAAGUGCUUGCACAAUAUACUAGUAAUCAGACAAGCUUUUCAGUGCAUGUAGUAUACAGUUCUCGCACAGCUACAUGUAUCUUGAAACUGGAAAACCAAAAAGCAUACAGAAAUGCCUGAGAUUUCACCAACUUGGGACAAGAACAGAAAUACAAUCCAUUUGGGAUAACAUUACCUUAAGUCCUUAACUAUAAUCACGUCAACUCCAAAUAUCUGGACAUAUGUUGUGUAGAUGUAUUUGUAACAUCAUUGCAAACAUUGAAUGUUGUAACAAGUAACAAUGUUGUAGACUGUGCCAGAAUAAGUCAGUUCAGUUCACUAUAUAUUCACAAUCUACAUAUAUUUGAAGCUCCCACCAAAUUAGGGUUAUGUAAAAGUAUGAAAGAUCUUAAUGUUUUUCAUAAAAUUUAUUCAUUCUAUGAUGAGCGUGAUAAAAUAUCUUAUUGUAGACAUUAGCUCUGUUGGCGAGUAAGACACCUAUGGCCAUUGGAACCCUGCGAAUGUUUAUUAACAAUUUCUGAAGGAAAAGCA